GCGGGCACCCCCAGCCGCGGACUGCCGGGUGGGCCUUCCUCCACGGUCGCGUCUGGGGCGGGCCGCUGCGAGAGCGGCGCGCUCAUGCACAGUUUCGGCAUCUUCCUGCAGGGACUGCUCGGCGUCGUGGCCUUCAGCACGUUGAUGCUCAAACGCUUCAGAGAACCAAAGCAUGAAAGGCGUCCGUGGAGGAUAUGGUUUCUAGACACUUCCAAGCAAGCCAUAGGAAUGCUGUUCAUCCACUUUGCGAACGUAUACCUAGCAGAUCUCACCGAAGAGGACCCCUGCUCACUGUACCUCAUCAACUUCCUCCUGGACGCCACCGUGGGCAUGCUGCUCAUCUACGCGGGCGUGCGCGCCGUCAGCGUCGUGGUGGAGUGGCAGCAGUGGGAGGCCCUGCGCUUCGGCGAGUACGGAGACCCUCUGCAGUGCGGAGCCUGGGUCGGGCAGUGCGCCCUGUACAUCGUCAUCAUGAUUUUUGAAAAGUCCGUCGUCUUCAUCGUCCUCCUAAUCCUGCAGUGGAAAAAGCCAUAGAAAACCCGGACCUGAAGCUGGCCAUCGUCAUGCUGAUUGUCCCCUUCUUCGUCAACGCGCUGAUGUUCUGGGUCGUGGACAAUUUCCUCAUGAGAAAAGGGAAGACGAAAGCCAAGCUAGAGGAGCGGGGAGCCAACCAGGACUCAAGGAAUGGGAGCAAGGUCCGCUACCGCAGGGCGGCGUCCCACGACGAGUCCGAGUCCGAGAUCCUGAUCUCGGCCGACGACGAGAUGGAGGAGUCCGACGUGGAGGAGGACCUCCGCAGAUUGACCCCCCUCAAGCCUGCCAAGAAGAAGAAGCACCGCUUCGGGCUGCCUGUAUGACACGUCCGCACACCGGGGGCCAGGCUCGGGGCCCAGCGUCGGCAGGUGGCCACUGCGUGGCACCGUCCUCCCCCUCUGCCCUCCUCUUCUACCUCCACUCCUCUUGCUGUCUCUGCCCGCUCUAUCCCUCCCAGACUACAGUGACUUAGCAGAGGGAAGAGGAGCCCGCGCCGAGGGGGCCACGGCAGCCGGAGGUCCCCGCUCAGUUGCACUACAAACACUGACCAAAUAUGCAAGCCGGGAGCUUUGUCUGUCGCUCGUUGUCACGAGCAGUGCCGUGAGGGACGCAGAAGCCCAUCUUGUGUCUGACGGGUAGCACGGUGGAGGGUAGCUCAGACUGGGGGGCCUUCGCUGGGGUGUGGCAGUGCGCACUCGCGGCCCACUGGGGACAGAAGGUCCUCGUUGACCAAGGAGGAACCGGGACUUUUCUUACGGGAAAUGGCUUUGGUAACUAUUGAUUCUAGGCCGGUUUUAGGAGCUGUGCCAGUGUUCCUGUUUUCGAGUAUGUGUUCAUUUCCUACCACGUACCUAUGGGACCGAUGGGCAAAAACAGAGAUUUUUUAAGUCUUC